ACUACGAUGCUUCCGGUCUAAUCUGUUCUGGACCUCCAUCCAUUUCUCGACCCCUCUCAUCCAACCUUGGCCGCGUGUUGCUGCAGCCCCACGGACUGACUUGACUUUCUCUCUCUCUCUCUCUCUCUCCUCACACACUCGCGCUCUUCUCUCUUUGUUCACCCAUUUCUGAUCCCUCUUUCUGCCUUCUACGCCUCCUCUUUCUUUUCUUUUUCUUCUUUCCUGUUUUGAUCGUUCUUUGCUUUUUUCUUGACUUUCUUUGUUCCGCUAUAAAAACCCACCUCCUUUUCUUCCCCCCCCCUCUUUUCAAAGUGUCUUCCUCAAAGACCGCCGAUCUGGCUACUUUGGCUGACCCCAACGAGUUGUUUUUGCCGGGUGAGAGGCAAAACAAUCUCGCCAUGUCAUCCUCACCCUCCGUUCCCCUCCUCAAGCCACCCGUCCCGGGCAAUCGCUCGCACAAUGGUAGCCCUCGUGCCCCCAAACUCACCCUGGGCAUUCCUCCCUCCCCCAACGCUCGUCCCGGCCCCGGCAAUGGCGUCCCCGUGGCCGCUCCCGUCCCCGACGGCCCUCCCCAGCUGCAGCUCCCCGUGAACUCCCGUCCAGCGCCGCCGCAGCUCCGACUCGCGACGCCCAUGGGGAGCAGUAAGGACGUCUCCCAGGUCGCCAACGGUCGCCCGCCCCCGCUCUCUCUCGCCACCUCGGGGUUGAACGAACCCAAUGGUCAAUCGCGGUCGGGCAGUGGCCCCGCCUCGGCUUCGUCCUCCAACUACUCCGCCCUGUCGUUCGCCAUGGGUCUCCGACAACCCCGCGGCAGCACCCCCGAUCCGUCGUCCGCCAUCAGUUCCGUCUACUCGGACCGCGAGGCCACCGCCCCGAUGGAGCGGGAGAAUAGCGUCACCGCGCUGAUCCCCGAUCUGGACAAGUUGAGCUUGGAGAAGGGCAGGCCCCUGGAUCCGGAUGACCUGGACGAUGAAGGCUGGCUGGCUGCCAGCGAGCAGAAGAAGAUCGUGGAGUUGGGUAGCUUGGGCGAAGGCGCCGGCGGAGCCGUCACCCGAUGCAAGUUGAAGGAUGGGAAGACCGUGUUUGCUUUGAAGAUCAUCACGACCGAUCCCAAUCCGGAUGUGAAGAAGCAGAUCGUUCGAGAACUGAACUUCAACAAGGACUGUGCCUCGGAUCACAUCUGCAAAUACUACGGAGCGUUCAUGGACAAGUCGACCGGGACCAUCUCGAUUGCGAUGGAAUUUUGCGAAGGUGGUAGUCUGGACAGUAUCUACAAGGAAGUCAAAAAGCUUGGCGGUCGGACGGGCGAGAAGGUACUAGGCAAGGUCGCGGAGGGCGUGUUGAACGGGUUGACGUAUCUCCACAGCCGGAAAAUCAUCCAUCGAGAUAUCAAACCAUCGAACAUCCUCCUGUGUCGCGAUGGUCAGGUGAAAUUGUGCGAUUUCGGAGUGAGUGGCGAGUUCGGCACCAAAGGUGACGCCAACACGUUUAUCGGCACGUCCUACUACAUGGCCCCCGAACGGAUCACCGGGCAGUCGUACACCAUCACCUCCGACGUCUGGUCCCUCGGCGUGACCCUGCUGGAGGUCGCGCAACAUCGCUUCCCUUUCCCGGCCGACGGGACCGAAAUGCAGCCGCGUGCCGGUCUGAUCGACCUGCUGACCUAUAUCGUGCGACAACCGAUUCCGAAGCUGAAAGACGAAGAAGAUCAUGGGAUCCGUUGGUCCAGUAAUUUCAAGUACUUUAUUGAAUGCUGUCUCGAGAAAGAGCCUCCACGGAGAGCGACCCCCUGGCGGAUGCUGGAACAUCCCUGGGUGCUGGACAUGAAGAACAAGAAAGUCAACAUGGCCAACUUUUUGCGGCAGGUGUGGGGGUGGAAUGAAUAAAACCGCCCCGUGCAUCCGGCCGAUAUCAUUUUCAGCGCCUUCUUUCUUCUGCCCCGUCUCUUUUUGUUCUCUUUUUACCACCACCGUCACCCCUAAUGCCUUGC